CGUCUAAUGCGCAUGCUCAACAGUAAAAACUCCAUUAUUUUUUGCUCGGAAUUUGUGAGAAAAAAAAAACAGUGGGCAACUGUGAACUGGGGAUUACAUGGGCCGUUAUGGUUGUCGGAAUAUAUUUGAAAGCUCCACGGUUUAGCAGAAGAGAAAGCAAAACAACGGCCGGAUAGCUGCAGACCGGGAGCGGGACAUCCUUCAGUCUUGUCGGGACACUCCACAAUCAAGUAAAUUUCAGUCAGUUAGCUGACUGGCUAGCUAGCCUAGCUGGUUGCAGCGUUAGCUCCGAGAUCCCAGGCGCAGUAAAAUGAAGCGUUAUUGCCCUUUGUUUUUAAGUCGGACUGGCAGACGUUGUAUGAAUGCUGAGAGCUGAAUGAGCACACCGCUGCGGGAAUUGGAUUACACAAUGACUUAUUUUGCGCUCAUUUAUUAAAGUAUCAGCCGUUUUCAAAACAUUAUCUGGCUAGCCCGUUUGCUAGCCAGCUAACUCUUGAUUCUCCCGCGAGCCAGAAAAGCCAAGACUCCAAAACUUCGCCAACACAGAGCCUGACGCAGAGAAAAGGCUCUCCACCUUCACCCACAUCCCUACUCUGAUGUGAACUGAACUAAUAAAUCUGCAGGAGUCAUCCUUUAAGUGAGGGAUCUGCCUCAUAGCUGAAGAAAGUCGAGGUGUUUGGGCAAGUCAGGUUUUACUGGCAGUGUGCUUCUAACCCACCAGCAUGUACACUGGACAGUGGAUACUCUAGCCAAAACAGAUCCUGGCUUCCCAAAGAUGACAAGGUGCUGGCAGGCUACAAAAUGAUGGGAGGCAGUGAUACUGUCAGUGGGGACAAGGAUGGGGUCCACACCACUGCAAUACACGUCCCCAUCGGCUGGCAGAGGAGAGUGGAAGGAGGGCAGGUACUCUAUGUCAGUCCCAGUGGCACUACCCUGUCCAAUCUGGAAGAGGUCAAGACCUAUCUGAUGACUGAUGGCACCUGCAAAUGUGGCCUCGAGUGUCCUCUCAUCAUCAACAAGGUUUUCAAUUUCACAGUGGGUGUGAAGGUGGAACAGCACAGCCAGCCACUGGGCAAAGCAGAGCAGGACAUGACCAAACUCUGUAAUCAUCGCAGGAAAGUGGUGGCAAUGGCUGCCCUGUGUCGCAGUAUGCAGGCUUCACAGCUGCCCUUUGCCAACUUUCAUCAUCCAGGUAACCAAGAGAUGAGCAAUCGGGUGGACGGUCGUGAUGCAAAGGGCGAAUCCACAGAGCGUGAAGAAGAGGACCGUGGCAUUUUCUGUCCCAAACUCCAUCCAGUCCCAGCUCGACCCCAGAACAACCUUCACCCAAAUCCCUGCACCAGUCCUAAAUCCUCUCACCAUUUUAUUUAUCCUUACAAUGGCUCCUCCUCUGUCCUUCACCCAGCCACAAACUCUCACUAUCCACUAGAUGUCUUUAGAAGACUUCACCAUCCUGCUUUCUCAGCAUCUUCCAGCUCUUCCUCCAGCUCAUUUCCAGCGUACAGCACCCCCCAGAGGUCACCCCGUACUCCCACUCCUCAAAGCAACAGUCAAGGUCAAAGAACACCUAAAACCCCAGAGACUCCCGUUUCUCCUCGGCUAGGACCCCUCUCUUCACCUCCCCCCUCGUCCCCUGUUACCCUUGGUGGAGGAGGAAGAGGAACACAGACUCACCCUCAUCAUCCUCAUGUUGUAAUUGUGGGAGGUUCUACCCCACCCUCCCUCUCUCCCUCUGUCCAUAACAUGUCUAUGUCUCCACACCAGCGCUCCUGCCACCCAUCAGCUUCUCCAUCCUCUCUGUCUGAGCAGGGAGGAGGCUUACCAGCAGCAGAAGGAGGAACGCUGAUGGGAAAUAACUUGCCUCAGAGGAGGAAAUCUACCUCUUCCUCUCCACACUCCCCACUUCCCAGUGGCUCCCCAAACCCCAGCCCCCAGCUCCCCAAAUACAAGCUGGAAGACAUCUUGGAGCAGUUUAAGAACUCAGGCAAUAGCAGCACUAAUAAUCACCACCUCCUAAACCCUAAUAAUCCCUCCUUACUGACCAACCAAAGCAGUAGUAACCCUCAUGGUCUUUCCUCAAAGCCCUCAAAGACUCCAACCUCCACUGCAGGAUCACAAGUUUUUGGGUUGAACUCUGCAGGGCCCUCUAGUUUACCUCUGGGGCCAUAUCUGAACCACCACCAUAGCCAUCAGGGCAAGCUGCCACAUCCAGCUUCUUUCCCUGCAAGUAGCCUCCUCUCUGCAGCUGCCAAGGCUCAGCUGGCUAACCAGAUAACCCAGGGCCAGAGCUCAAAUGUGGCCAGCAACGCAGUGACCUUGGCCUCUUCUCUGGAGGUCCUGAAAGAGGCACAACAGCAACAGGCAUCAAAGGUACCCACAGAUGCUGGUGUUGACACGCUCAUACCCGUAUCUCUUCAAAGCAAGGACAACCCCAUCCUCCAACAGUUACUCCCCACUUUGCUGAACCCUGCUAUAUUAGGAGAUCUUCCUGGCCUCACAGGCCUCCAUAACAUUGUGGGGAUUGGAGCAGGUUCCAUUCUCCUACCACCAGUCCAGGCCUCUGCUUUGGGGAUGCCACUGCUACAGGGCCAUGAUGGAGCAAUCAACUUACUCAACAACAUACAGCUGAACCUUGCUCCAGCCUCAGAAGGAGAGAAGCCAGUAUCCUUGCAGGAAGCUCAAAGCCCUGCCCCACAGGAAGACAUGCCAGCCAGUCAAAUCACUCCUGAAGUGAUCCCAAGUCCUGUUCCAGCUCUAGCUCCAGCUGCUGCCCAAGAAUCCACUCCAGCCUCUCAGCGAGGAUCUGAGGGCAGAUCUGUCAUUGAUCCUUAUACUUCUUUCAUGGACACGAUUUAUACCUCUUUUCUUCAAGUCAGUGCUAAAGAGCAGGAAGAUGGGGCCCAUUUGGGGCCAUCUGACCCCACUUCACCCUUCUGUGCCUUACCUCCAGUUUCUUUUCCUGUGGAGCACCAUACACCGUCCACAACUGUCCCAACUCUGCCACAAGCAAGUGCCCCAGUUUCCCUUAGCCCACGGCGGGCUUGUUCCCUACGCAACCCAGACUUAUCUCGACUUAGUCUGGAAGCAGCAGCCCAUUCUCCAGCCCAAGGGACACCCAAACCCACUGAAGAUGGGUCUGUGUCCCCCUUACAAAGGAAACCAGUUAUGGUAGAGGGACAUACUCACCCAGAACCUCCUCUUCCACCUAUAUACUUGGAGGAGGCCAAGACAGACUGUGCUGGGCCUGCUGCAUCUAUGUGCCCUUAUGUAGAUCCAGGUGUGGAUAGGCAGGGGCAUCUUCCCCAAGUAGGGUAUCUCAGUCCUGGGGAUGAAUGCAAUAGUAGGCCCACUGAAGAGACAACUGGGACAUUGCUGCACUCUGAACAGGGAAUGGACCAAGCAGGAGCAGCGGGUGGAGCCAGAAGAGGAAGGAAAAGGAAACAAACGCUUCAGAAUGUGUUAGAAGACUUCAGAGACGUGGAUGCUACAGCACUAGAGGAAACCAAGGCUACAACAGCACUGCUGAAGCCUGAGAGGUCAGUGCGCGGCAGGCGGCGACGAGGCGCCAGGUCUCAAAGGCAGUGAUUGGUGGAGGGUGCCAUCAUUCAGAGCUGUUCACCAAUGAAAGGCAACCAGAUGCCUCUAUAUACCCCUCCAUCUCUCCAACCUCAUCACUACUGUUUUAGACCUUAAAAAAAAAUCAACUGCACUAAUAUGAUGCUGUCAUGUCAACCAUUGUUAUGGCAACCACUAUGAACAGAUAGGAGAAAGAUCUAGUCUGAGUUUAUUUCAAAAGGUGAAAAACAUGAAGAGAGAUUUUGUGGAUACUUUUUUCACUUGUGUUUUCUCUUAGGUCACAAAAUAAUGGUUGCGUUACAUUGUGAACAAUGAUCUGUCAAUUAGGUUGGUGUUAGAAUUAUAUCAAUGAGAAAACAUGAAAAUAACAAACGAGUAAUGUUUUCUCUUCAUCAGUGUGUUACUGUGAGUCAGGACGAAGCCCAUCUACUUGAACGAUGCUCUCUGUUGAAAGUGUGUCUGUACACGUGUGGAUGAGUGUGUCCUUUUAUGUGUUUGUGUGUGUGUGUGUUGGACAACAGUGCUGUUGCUGAGCCCCCCACUGUCAGGCCGUUUUUCAUUUCAGUGAGACCUUGUCUUUUUAGUAAGAUGAACGUCUCUUUGUGCUUGUAUUUUAGAGAAAUGUUCCAGGUUUUCAGAAGGUGCUGAAAGAGACUACAAGAAGGAAAAAAACUUGACUUUUUUUUUUUUUUCAAAGUAUGAUAUAACCUUUAUGUGGGAUAAACCAAGGAACUAGUCUGGUUUACUCAAUCAGGUUUCUUAGGUAGUAUAUAUCAGUGGCUGAUUACAAACAGGAAAGUUUUUCAUUGAAUAUAAUUUCACAUAUCAUGUGAGAUGUAUUGGUUUCCAUGUUAAACCAACAGAAAACGUUAAUUUGAAGUUGUUUUGUACAACCUUGAAUCAUGUUGCAAUGCUCCAGGGUUCCCAGUGACUCUAACCAUACUGAUGUUUGUAAAAAUUGCAAAACAGGCAACAAAUCUAGUGCAACUCAUGAAACUCACGAGUGCCGUUUGUCAUAAUUUGGCAACCCAUUUACAUUUCAGAUGCUGUGUUACUUGACGCUGUGAAGAAUUACAUGUAGCUCUGGUGACUUACAUGGGAUGAGACCCAGCCAAGAGAUAAGUCUAUUGGAAAAAAAAAUAAAAUAAAGAGGCUUAAUUUUGAAGUUAAAUAGGAACCAGGUGUUUACAGAAAGUACUGUAUGUCCUUUGAUUGGAUGAAUGGAUGGCUGGAAUACUUAAAACACAGAGAGCGAUAAUGUCUUAUGUGGAUCUGUUGAGUCCGUGUGUUACUGUGGAUUUGGAGUGAUAUCCUUGCUCUGUCUCCCCCGUCACUGUUUGAGCUCUCCUCCACACACUGCCCUGCCCCUGAGAGUACUGGCAUCUCUAGCUGUAUUUAAAAUAAAAUAACAAAAAAAAGAAUAAAGAAAAGUGAAAAAGAAAGCAGAUUAUGCAAUUUCUACACUUGGA